AUGUUAUCACACUUAACUAACAGACCCUUUAUCAAUGAACAGAUUGAAAUCCCUGACGAAUUUGACUUUGAUACUACCGAAGAUAAGCCAGAAAAACCAAAAUAUAAGCCACUUCAUUUUGAUUCACAGUUCCCAAGUAAUACUCAAAUAGAUUAUAUUAGAAAUUCUAAAGAUUUAUCCUCUUAUGAUGCUAAGAGUUUCAGAGCUUCCGGUUCAGAUAAAAAUCCCCAGUUAAUAUCAAAAGAAACAUUACUGUCCAUCUAUCAGUCAUAUUAA